CUUUUCCUCUCUGGUUCCGGGCAGAAACGUGUAGAAAGGCGGAAGCGUAGAAAGUUCUAGAAAGCAGAGCAGUAUUUAGGCAGCGUGGCGAUAGUUUUGAUUGUACUUGUUAUUUUCUAACCUUUGUCUGUUUUGCUGAGUCAUGUCAUUAAUAGGAGAGAACGAUGUACGAGGUGAAACUGCUGUUUUUAAAGAGAUAAGCGCUGAAGACGAUGACAUGCAACCAACUGUUAUCGAGAGUCUCUGCAUGAACUGUUAUGAAAAUGGAAGCACUCGUCUGUUGCUGACAAGGAUUCCCUUCUUCAAAGAGAUCAUCAUAAGCUCAUUCACCUGCCCACACUGCAACUGGACCAACACCGAGAUCCAAUCAGCGGGUCGCAUUCAGGACCAGGGAGUCACGUACACCCUCCGUGUUAGAUCGAAAGAGGACUUGAACCGAGAAGUGGUGAAGGCGGAUAGCGCAACUACAAGAAUCCCGGAGCUGGAUUUUGAAAUUCCUGCCUACACGCAAAAAGGGUCUCUUUCCACCAUCGAAGGCCUCAUUGAGAGGGCCGCUGCAGGCUUGGAACAGGAGCAGCCCAUACGGCAGGCCACAGCCCCAGAAGUCGCUGAGAAAAUCGACAAGUUCAUUGAGAAGCUGAAGAAGCUGAAGGACGUUGAACAGGAAUUCACUCUGGUGAUUGACGACCCUUCUGGAAACAGUUUUGUGGAGAACCCGAAUGCCCCUCAAAAAGACGAGGCCCUCUCCAUUUCACACUUCAAGAGGACACCUGAACAGGACGCUCGGUUAGGACUUAAGGCUGAUGAUGAUGAUACAGAAGAGGACAAUGCGGAAAAACCAGGCAACGACAUGAACACGUUAAGAAACGAGGUCUUGAUGUUUAACACUAACUGUCCAGAGUGCAACGCACCAGCUUCUACCAACAUGAAGCUUGUCCAAAUCCCUCACUUUAAGGAAGUGAUCAUCAUGGCGACCAACUGUGACAGCUGUGGACACAGGACCAACGAGGUAAAAUCUGGUGGCGCUACAGAAGACCUGGGGACCAAAAUAACCCUUCAUCUGACGGACCCCUCGGAUAUGUCCCGGGACCUGCUUAAGUCGGAGACCUGCAGCGUCCUCAUCCCUGAGCUGGAGUUCGAGCUGGGCAUGGCCGCUGUCGGAGGGAAGUUCACCACCCUGGAGGGCCUCCUCAAAGACAUCAAACACCUGAUUGUUUCAAGAAACCCUUUCAUCUGUGGAGACAGUGCCACACCAGGAAGAGCUGAGAAAAUCCAGCUCUUUGGAAAGAAGAUUGACCAGGUAAUUUCUGGUGAACGGGAUGUUCACAUCAUCCUAGAUGACCCAGCAGGGAACAGCUAUAUGCAGAACGUCUACGCUCCGGACCCAGACCCAGAGAUGACUGUGGAGAAGUAUGAGAGAACCUUCGAGCAGAACGAGGACCUGGGUCUCAACGACAUGAAGACCGAUAACUACCAGUAGCUCUCGUCAUUGGAUGCCAAUGAAUAGAGUGACAUCUCUAUAGCCAAUACAUUGCUCAUGAAUCUAAGAUGGCCGCUUGCAGCUGGGAUUAAUGACUUUGGGUUUGAAUAACCAUGGAAUGCAGUUGGGAUGGUGUUGGGUCUUUUUCUGCUUUAUAAUUUGUAAUCAAGCAAAUCAUCUUGAACAUACAUGAGACAUUGUAUCAGAAAGAUGGGACAUUUUGCACACACUAUGUGGAAAUAUAUUCAUGCAAUUUAAGGGGAUUGGACUCAAGGUGAUAUAUUUCUGUUUGGAAUUCAAGUAAGGAUGUAUUAAAAUAAAUGUUUUUCUUUCCCCUGGA